AAAUUCAUACUCCGACUCCCUCCUCUUCUGCCCCAUGGCCACAAAACAAAUCCUUAGGGCUCAGUUGCGCUCAUAUCCUGCGAAUGGUCACUCGGCAUACCUCCCACAGGUCAGGAAGAUAGUCCUAGAAUACUGCCAGAAACUUCCUUCUUCCACCAACACCCGUACUUUCAUCUCAAAUGACCUCCAACGCGUUGCAUGGCAGAACCCGCAUGUAGAAUUCGUGGUCAAGCAGCGCAACGGUCAUGAACCAAUAGCAAGGGGAUUAUACGUUAAUGGCCGUGACAAGGUCAUUCCUUUGCAGGAGUUCGAAGUUAAUGGUGUUGAGAAAAAAAUUCAAUUACUACUCGACUCCUCGGGUGCGAAGAUAAAGCAACUCAAGAAGGGCCGCAUUGUGGAGAGUACGACGGAGGCCGCAAGGGGUAUAUGGAGUGGGCUGCAUGUUGACACUCCGUUCAAAAUAUAGACGGGGUUAUUUAAUAUUAUUGAAAGAUCAUUUUUGCAGCAGAUUCAGGCUUACCGUGAUGUUAUGACGAUGCCGUUGGACUUGUUCUUCAAAGUGGGUUUCAAGCUAGACUUCAUUUUAACAUUCACCGCUACGUGACAUGGUCCCGCAACUGCUUCAAUCCCCGUUUUAUUGAACGAAGGACUAGUAGGACCGUAGGUUCCACCAUAUGACAUAAUGUUUGAUCGCCGGUCCCAUUCAUCCAUAUGUAGG